AUGUCCAUCCCAACCCAACGUCCGAGAACGCUGUACGACAAAAUCUGGGACGAACAUAUCGUGAAUGUACAGGAGGAUGGCGUGGCCAUUCUCUACGUCGACAGACAUUUGCUACAUGAAAUGAGCAGCCAGAAAGCAUUUUCGGGGCUACGACAGUCGGGCCGAACCAUUCGUCGAAGGGAGAUGACUCUGGCAACGAUGGACCAUAACGUUCCGACCAACCCAAGAAUGCACUUCUCUAGUAUAGACGAGUAUAUCACUGAUCCGGAUUCGAAGGUUCAGUGUAUUGAUAUGGAGAAGAACGUGAGGGACUUUGGUGUCAAUUUCUUCGGGCUUCAGGAUCGCAGACAAGGUAUCGUGCAUAUUGUUGGACCCGAGCAAGGAUUUACACUUCCCGGAGUUACCUGUGUAUGUGGAGACUCGCAUACAUCCACACACGGAGCAUUCGGUGCGCUCGCUUUCGGAAUCGGAGCAACAGAAGUCGAGCAUGUCCUUGCAACACAGACAAUUCUCCAAAGAAAGAGCAAGAACAUGCGUAUAAUUGUGGACGGAGACUUGCACGAAGGUGUUACUUCCAAAGAUGUGAUCUUGCAUAUUAUUGGUGUGAUUGGCAUUGCUGGCGGAACGGGCUGCGUUAUCGAAUAUGCUGGCUCAGUCUUCCGAGGACUCAGCAUGGAAGCUCGUAUGAGCGUGUGCAAUAUGAGCAUCGAGGCGGGUGCAAGAGCUGGGAUGAUUGCACCUGACGAUGUCACUUUCGAAUACCUGAAGGGAAGGCCGUUUGCUCCGAAAGGUGACAUGUGGGACCGUGCAGUGGAAUAUUGGAGAACUAUGAAGACAGACGAGGGUGCGGUUUUCGACAAGGAAGUCCGAAUUGACGCACAGGAUAUCAUCCCGACAGUGACGUGGGGGACGUCACCUCAGGACGUCGUACCCAUUACGGGUAAAGUACCCGACCCUGCUGAUAUCGAGGAUCCCGCGAGACGGAGAUCAAUCGAGAAUUCAAUGCGGUACAUGGGGUUGACACCUAAUACUCCAAUGACGGAGAUCAGGGUCGACAAGGUCUUCAUCGGGUCAUGCACAAACUCACGGAUCGAGGAUUUGCGUUCAGCAGCAAAGAUUGUUCUAGGGACGGGUCCAGACGCGAAGGUCGCACUUCACGUUUAUGCGAUGGUGGUUCCAGGUUCCGGUAUGAUUAAACGUCAGGCUGAAGCGGAAGGGCUGGAUAUAAUCUUCAAACGUGCAGGAUUCGACUGGCGUGAAGCUGGUUGUUCGAUGUGUGUAGGUGUGAAUCCCGACCAACUCAGACCUCAGGAGCGUUGUGCUAGCACCAGUAACCGUAACGUUGAGGGUAGGCAAGGUCCCGGAGGACGUACUCAUUUGCUCAGUCCUGCAAUGGCAGCCGCGGCGGCGAUGACCGGUUAUCUAACCGAUGUUCGCAAAUUCCUUGGGCCCAAUUCGAGCAAGAACACAGUAGACAUCAAGGAAGUUAAUGCAUUGACAUUCUGGACGGGCCCUGGACCCGUUCUUCCAGAGCCCGUUUUGAACGCUGUUGCAUCCCGUACCGAUAGACCUGAGACAACAGUCAUGAAUGACCUCAGGUUCACCGUCUUGAGGGGAGUAGCAGCACGUCUGGAUAUGGAGAACGUCGAUACAGAGCUCAUCAUCCCAAAGCAAUACGUGAAGAUAUCCGACCACAGUAUCCUCGGCGACGCAUUGUUUGAAUUACUUCGAAAGGAUCCGGCAACGGGUAGGCUCACCGAUUUCGUACUAAACUGUCCACCAUUCAACAAGGCAAAGAUCCUUGUGUGCACUGGUGAGAACUUUGGAUGUAGUAGCAGCCGCGAGAACGCACCUUGGGCUCUGAAAGUGUUCGGGAUCCGUUGCAUCAUCGCUCCAAGCUUCGCAGAUAUUUUCCGGAAUAACACGUUGCAGAAUGGCAUGCUUGCAAUCCAGCUCCCGAAGCAGAUUUGUACUUCUCUUGCCAGCGAUGCAGAAACGGGUGCGGAACUUGAAGUUGAUCUCGAAAAGAACGAAAUAAGGAGACCGAACGGCCAACCGCCGGUUGCAUUCAGCAUAGAUCCCUUCCGGAGGUAUUGCAUGCUGAAUGGUCUAGAUAAUAUUGAAUUGACGCUGCAGAUGGAAGAUUCUAUUGCAGAGUUUGAGGAACAGCACAAGGCGCUGCGGCCCUGGCUCUACACCAGGGCAUACAAAGACGCGAAGAUGGACGUAAGUCCAAAACGUACGAGUUCGCUCGAAUGGUGA